AUGGAACCUAAUUUCUAUACUGCAUCCAAAGGCUAUGAGACAAACAGAACCUUUUUCGCCUAUUUUUCUGAAAUCAGGUCCUCUGACCAAAUUCUUAUAGUUACCAUCGAGACAAUUGUGCUGGUGUUGGUUUUUCUGAUCUCCUUGCUGACCAAUAUCUUUAUGAUGGCACUUAUCAUAAAGGGCAAGAAACUCAUCAAUUUCCAGUGUUUGGUGCUGAAUCUCUUCCUGGCUGACAUUGUGUUUGUGGCUGUCAUCCCGAUCAUCAUUGUCGUUCGCUGGACUGGAUCGUGGACUCUUGGAGCUUACACGUGUCGCGCCCUUUUGUAUGUCAUGGCCACAAGUGGUGAGGUGACCAUCAUCACUGUAGCUGCCAUUAGCAUCGAGCGAUUCAUCUCCAUCCUCAACCUACGCUUGAAAGCUCCCCUGCAUUGCAAGUUGGUGACAGCAGUUGUGCUGAUAGUUUGGCUGUUUUCUGCCAUCACAUCUCUACCUCUGUGCAUACAUUUUCAAGUGAUGACCAUUCAGGUUAAAAACCAGGAUUAUCAGAUUUGCACCCUGGUGUGGCCCAAUACAGUGCACGAGAUCAGCUGGGAUGUGACCUAUGGCCUGUUGAUCUUCAUCAUUCCAGGUUUAAUCAUUGUCAUCAGCUACACAAAGAUAUUAAAGGUAUCUGCUAUUCAUUUAACUGACCUAAUUUCAUCUUUUCAUGUGUUUAGACAUCUAAGAUUUCUGUCAAGACACUGGUUUGUUUUAAUGACUGUUGGUUCUAGUGCUGAGCGUUUUCAUGAGCACAAGAAGAAAUAUAACGACACCACAUCUUAG